CUUUUCCAUUUGGGCAAGAGGAAUAAUAACACGGUGAAGAUGGCGGCCGAGUACGAGAGCGUUCAGAAGGGAGGUUUAAAAUUGAAAGGCGUUGACGGGCUGUCGUCUGGAAAAAAGAAAAAGAAGAAGGACAAGGAAAGCAAGAAGCGUAUGGAACAGAUAAUGAACAGCCAGGGUGAUGAAAAGGAGUCCAAGAAAACAAACAUUGACAAAAGGACUCCUGCCCAGAUUGCGUUUGAUAAAAUGCAAGAAAAACGGCAAAUGGAAAGAAUAUUAAACAAAGCAUCGAAGACCCAUAAACAGAGAGUUGAGGACUUUAACAGACAUCUGGACAACCUGACUGAGCAUUACGACAUUCCUAAAGUCAGCUGGACCAAAUAAACAUGAACUUUUUUUUUUUUUUUUUUUUUUUUUUUUUUUAAACCUCACAAGCUUUUUCUUUCAAUCCCAUGUAAUCAUUUUGUAAAAGAUUACAGUAAGGAACACAUCAAAAAUAAAUAAUCAGAAACUGAUAUUUUGUGGUAAUACUCUUUCAGUUAUCUGGGGAUUGUUACUGUACAUUUGGAAUAAACCUCCCAGUUUUAUUGUUAUUAAAAUGUUUGAAAACCC